AUGAAGACAGAUGCACUAAGCACAACUCUGUUCAACAAUGGCAGUGCCUGCAGCGCCUGCUACGAGAUCACCUGCGUUGAAGACGCCCAGUGGUGCAUCCACGCCGUGAUCACCAUCACAGUGACGAACCUCUGCCCACCGAACUUCGCCGAGCCGAAUAACAACGUCGGCUGGUGCAACCCACCACUGGAGCAUUUCGAUCUCUCUGAGCUGAUUUUUCUCCACAUCGCGCAGUACAGGGCAUGGAUCGUUCCGGUUAUGUACGGCGGGUGGCGUGCAUAA